UCAGGAAGCCAUAGCAAUAAAAAAUUAAUGACUGUUUAUCGAUGUACUUACUGAAUGAAAUUUUAUGGAUUGUGUUGUUAGGAUAGUAAGAUCUAUGCAUAAAAUGGCAAAUAUGCUAAUAGUUUUCUUCAUCAUCAGUUCGGUAAUAUUUUCAGUAAAUUCCACAGAUAACCUUUGCUUUAACAAACCCAAAGUUCCGGAAAAUGGAAAUGUAUUUUGCAAUAACGACAGAUUGGUCGGCUCCAAAUGUAUAUUCACAUGCAAACCUCAUUACACUUUAGUAGGGCCGAAAAUAAUUGAAUGUGUUCAAAAUUCGUCAAAACCAGAAUGGACAAGUUUGACUACAUCAAUUUGCAUAGCUGAUCGUUGCAAAUCAUUCAAUAAAACAGUUCCAAACAGAUUUGUCAGUUGUACACGAGAAAACCGAGUGACGUCAGUUUGUCAUUUUAAAUGUUUGCAACGGAAGUAUGCUUUGUAUCCGGAUAGUAGCAAGACAAUCAAAUGUAUGCCAAAUAAAGAAUGGAGCGGGAAAAUACCAUGUUGUGCACCUCCGUGUCCACCUCACAACGUCAUGGAUGUCUAUAUUCUAUUGGAUUCUUCGGAUUUGGUGGGGGCUGAAGAUUGGGUUUUAAUGAAAGAAUAUGUCAAGCAAACGUUUCAAGGUUUUUCAUUUUCCGCCGAUUCUACAAAAAUUUCAAUUAUGCGUUACAAUAACGAAGUUGACACGAAAAAUUUGAUUUCGUUGGAUGAUUAUUCCGACAAACCUUCGGAAUUUUGGUACGCAUUUGAUUCACUGCCAUAUGAUGGUACAGGUUCAAACCUUGGUCAAGCAAUACAGUACCUUACCGAGAACAUGAUGGCGCCUGAAGCAGGAAAUCGCUUGAACGUACUAGACGUAGUCAUAAUUUUUACAACUGGUAAAUCCGACGAUGAUUACGUCAGAGACUCAGUAAAUCUUCAGGCGACAGGAGCGUUUAUUCAGGUCUUCGUUGUACCAAAGACAAAAUUAUCAGACUUGGACACAUUUCGUCUAUUCCACCUGGUUGGAUAUGAUAUGUGGAAUCUAUCAAUAAAACAAAGUUAUGAAACACUACUAGCUACAUUAUCUGGAAACACAGCAGGGAGCCGUUGUUCGCGUUCAUGUCAACAAGACGAAUCACUUAUAACAGUAGAAGCCGGGGAAGCUGUAAUUGUGCCAUGAUUACAUAAAUUGUCGAUUAGUCAAAUUAUUAGGCACAAAUUGAACGAUUUAUGAAUCAUUUUGUCAUUUUGUAUUCUUGUUCCUAUUAUUACCGUAUAAAAAAUCACGUUUCUUGUUAACUACUGAACUAAUCGCGUUGGAUUUUUAGUGAUGAAAGUAUGUAUUUUUCGCUCAAAGAAUAGUACUUAUAUUUUAUUACCCUCUAGCUUUUGAAUUUUUCCUAUUGUUUUAAUUUUGUGGGCCGAUAUAGAAAAUACUUCAUUGAAAUCAACUCGAAAAUUUAAACUAUCUUAAAAAUCUAAUCCAAAUCCUCUCAAAGGUUCAAGCUAUCUUUAUAGGUACAAUAUACGAUAGGUACAAUAUACGUUUACGCUAAAAAUGUACGUUUUGCAUAAUCAAUAUAUAUAUGAUCAGUUUUUUCAUCCAUUAUUGGCUAAACGCUAUACCUCAUUUAUCAAACAAUGUUUUGAUAUUCAUGUGCAACCCUAACACUAAUACAACCGUUAUUGUUAAAAAAAUGUGUGUUUAUAUUUAAUGA